GAUGCUGGGGGGAAGCGGGCUGCUGCCACCGCCGCUGCUGCUGCUGCGCGGCCUGUGGCUGCUGGGGAGUUUCUCCGGGCUGCUGGCGGCCGCGGGGGGCUAUCGGAGGCAGGUGACCCUGCAGGCCAUCCCCGGCUUGAACAGCUCCUCCACCAACCUCCUGCACGUGCGGGCCGUGGGCCAGAACGACACCCUGCACUACGUGUGGAGCAGCAUCGGGGCGCCCACCGUGCUGCUGCUUUACACCCAGAGCGAGAGCAGCGCCCUGCGCGUCAACUGGACCAAGCUGCUCUCAGCCUCCCCCGCCGGGGCCAUCUGGAUCGAGCCACCCGGCAGCGUCGUCUACUCCACGGCUAUCGUCUUCACCAAGGUGUUCGAGUACAACGGUGCCAAUGUGUCGGCCCUCUCCAAGGGGCAGGAGGAGCCGUUCUACCCCACCUACGACCUGGCUGGCUUCUCCUGGCAGAGCGUGAACCGCACCGUGAACCAGACAGCCCUCACAGCCAGGUUCCAGGGGGUGGACACCUCAGACCCCGGGGGGGCCUUUGGCAAUGGCACCAUCUCCUUUCAGGUGACAGCCUACGAGCAGGGUGGCCGGGACGGCCCCCUCCCUUGCCUCCUGCACACCGCCAACAGCUCCAAAGUGGAGUUCAUCAUGGACAAUGUGGCCCCGCGCGGCAACAGUUCUCGCUUCAUGCUGGAGGUGGUCACAGUGGAGGAGAGAGGCGGGCGCAAGAGGCUUCAAUCUGUGCGGUCCAUUGAUGAUGAGUACACGCCCACCAUCUUUGAGAUGGCCCAGCUGGUGUCAGAGUCCCACAACAACAGCAUCGGCCCAAGCUUCUUCCAGUGGAAGACGACGGCAUACGGCUCCAGGGAGGCCAGCCGGGAGAACGCCAUCCGCUGCCGCUACCGCCCCCUGCAGACAGCCAACCAGACGCUGCCAGGGCCUAGCAUCGCGCACGCCUACUUCGGGGAGGGCCUGGGGCUCAGCCACCGCAUCGCCGCCAUCAAUAUCUCCUUCGGCGGCGAGGAUGGGGAGAUCUACGCUGAGAAGGGCUACCUGAGCUGGUCUGCCUUGCUCGGCUUUGGCACGCCCCCGAAAGACGCCUUCUCUCCCCUCGUGAUGACCAUCGUGGCUGUGGCCAUGGGUACCCCUGUGGUGCUGCUGCUGGCAGGAGGCCUUGUAGUGCUAUUCGCACGGAGGAAGCGCCAUUCCCAGUAUCAGCCCAUCAACUGACCGAUGUGGGCAGGACUCAGAAACAGCUAGUGCCGGCAAUGGUUCUCUCGCCAGACCCUCGGGCUCCCCUGAGGCUCCUGAAGUGGCUGCUCCUGGAAACUUAUGUAUUAACAGCCACGGUUACGUGUCCUCUUCUCUAUCUCCACGGUCCUGACCCCUCGUCACUCCCGGCUCAGGGGAAUAGUGCAAUGAUCUGCAGUCCUACCUCUGCACCCUGGAUCCUGGCUCUUCAGCACUUGGCUUGGGGAGGUGGGAAGGAGACCCGCCCUGUAUUCAUGGCUGUUCGGCUGUCUGAUGCCUUGAGGAUGGACUGAUCCACUUCUCCCUUACCCCCUACAAGUCGUUUAGAAGCAGUAUCUGGCACUGAGGGUCUCCCCGAGGGCUCUAGAAUACAUUCCAUGGCAGGGCUGGGAUCCGGCAGGGCCUGCCUGAAAAUGCCUCGCUUAAGGGGUCAGAAGCAUUAGCAGUUUCUAGGCCAGUGUCGAGCUUCUCCCUUCACUCAACCCAUCAGCGCACCUGACCCGGCAUUCACAAAUACAGACCCUUCCCAUAGGGCACUCUGCAAGGUGCUACCCAGCUUCAGGUUUUAAUUACUGCUCUUGUUUUAAACCAGCCAGCGAGGGAUUGUGGCUCGACAGUGGGGUUGGUCGUGUUCACCACUGGGAGAAAUGAUCUUCUGUUUCCUUUUUUAAAAAGGAGAAACCACUAGUCGUCUUCUCCCUCAAAGGCUGGGUCACAGAAGGCAACGUGCCUUUGCUGUAUAAAUCGCCAGCUUGUGAGCAGAUCAACCUGGUUACACCCCGCCCGUGCCACCCACUUGAGUAUUUUGUAAUGUCAGCAGUUCCUUGGCGGGAGAAGAUGGUGUCACGCGGUUCUAACACUCUGCCUCGCUGGUGAGCAUGCAGCAAUCUGCUGCCCGCGAAUUCUAACUGUACCAGGACGGCUAAAAAGUAGCCUUUCGCCAAUAGGGCGGAGGCUUUUCAGAAUGACGCAUCCCAAGAUCAUUAGUUCAGUGUUAGGUGUCCAGCAUGAGUCCCCUUAAAAGGGGCCAGAUCUUUAUUUCUUUUAUCAGUGCUUGGCCCUGCCUGCAAAACAGGGCCUCCUUUAAGGUACCUCAGGUGGGGUGCCCAAAAAAUCACCAGUCUCUUUUUGAAAAUCUUGGCCUGAAAGCUCUAAAUUCAGAGUGUCAAGCACUCCCCUCAGCUGGCAAGUUCCAGGUCCCGCUGCUGUUACGCCCCUAUUCUCACUCUUGAGUUUGCUCAGAGGAGCCAGCUCUGAACAUGUUACUUGAAAUCUCACCAAGCACCCUCACUUUGCUGUAUGUAAUUCACUCUGUGGUUGAGAGGUGAUCACAAGUUUUCUUCAGAUGCUUCUGUCUCUUGAUCUGCCUUUUGGACCAAUUAAAGAACAUUUUUUUUUAAAGACC